UCAUGUUAAAAACCCAUUUUCUUUCUCUUUCUUCAGAACAGCAACGUCUGAUGUCCAUUUGUUUGUUAAAUUCAUUGAUUUUGCUUUAACACUUUUUUAUUGUUUUGGUUUUGGAUUUUGUUUGUACUUCUGUCACUGCUUUUUCACUUCAAUGGCUUGCGACGUCAUCGAUAGCGUCUGCGUUUGCGCGAAGGCCGCCGAGCGCUCCAAGCCUACAAAAUGAGUGCUCGUACACCUGUUAUGUUGAUGAGACACAACAACUUAGAAUCAACGCCAGCCAGAGCGAGUUCUCCGCGCCUGCACAGCCAGAGUUAAGGUAGUGAGUGCUUCAAGACAUCACUGAUACAGUAGCGUUAGACAGCUGACAGCAGGUGUGCCAAGUUAAGUGUUUCAAGUGUGCUAAUAUUUCUCUUUGUUUGAUUUAUUGAUAAAGCAAUUGAAUAUUUUCAUUUUGUUACUCAAGUAUUGUUGUAAUGCAGCUGGUACGCGUAAUCGAUAUCGUGUUUUUGGUUUUAUUUUGUGCUCUGCUAUCUGUUGGUGCCAUCAAUCGCAGAGUAAAACUUUGCUUGCAAGCACCUCAGAGCGGUCGUUGUUUUGGCUAUGUGCCCAGCUUUGCCUACAAUCCGAUCGCGCGCAAAUGUGAAGAAUUCAUCUAUGGUGGGUGUGGUGGAAAUGAUAAUCGCUUCGAGACGAAAAGGGAAUGCGAAUUUAGCUGUCGUGACGUUUGAUGGGGCUACAACGCUGGAAGUGAGAAAGGCGUUCGAAAAUUCAUUGCUACUCAUUGUUUUUGUAAUUACGAAG